GGCGAACCUCAGGCCCCGGUGUGGGGAGGGACGCCCCCGAGAGCAGGGAGGCUCUCUGCGAGUCUGGAGCCCAGAGCGCCUCAGGUCGCUGUGCGAAUGACGGGCAAGCCCCCUCCCCACAGCGGGGCUGGGCCCCAGCGUGAGAGCGUGGCACGCGAGGGCCUGCGGGCCCAUCCCCGGAUCCGCGUGGGGACGCUGGCAGGGGAAGACAUGUCAAGUGGAGAUGAUCAACAAUCACAGACUCUUUCCAAACCCACUUUCAGUGAGGUACAAGCCUCUGCAUUAGUGGAAUCAGUAUUUGGGUUAAAAGUUUCCAAGAUCCAGCCACUUCCUAGCUUUGAUGACCAAAACUUUCAUGUAUACAUUUCAAGAACCAAAGACAGUACAGAUGGCCCAAUUGAAUAUGUCCUCAAAAUCAGCAACACUGAGACCAGCAAACAUCCAGACCUAAUUGAAGUACAGAGCCACAUCAUCGUGUUUCUGAAAGCAGCUGGGUUUCCAACAGCCUCGGUGUGUCGAACUAAAGGAGACAACACAACUUCUCUCGUGUCUGUAGAUAGUGGCUCUGAGAUCAAAAGCUACUUGGUGAGGCUGCUGACUUAUCUCCCAGGAAGACCCAUAGCUGAGGUUCCCGUCAGCCCCCAGCUAUUAUAUGGAAUUGGAAGGCUAGCUGCCAAAUUGGAUAAGACACUGGAGAAAUUCCAUCACCCAAAGUUAAAUAUUCUUCAUCGGGAGAACUUCAUCUGGAAUCUGAAAAAUGUCCCUCUUCUGGAGAAAUAUCUGUAUGCCCUGGGCGAGAACCAAAGUCAAAAGAUUGUUGAGCAGGUCAUUCAGCUUUUCAAAGAGGAAGUAAUGACCAAAUUAAGUCUUUUUCGAGAAUGUAUCAAUCAUGGAGAUCUUAAUGAUUAUAACAUUUUAAUAGAGUCCAGCAAGUCAGCCUGUGGAGAUGCUGAAUAUCAAGUGUCUGGGAUUUUAGACUUUGAUGACAUGAGCUAUGGCUACUACGUAUUUGAAGUGGCAAUCGCCAUUAUGUACAUGAUGAUUGAAAGCAAGAAUCCUAUACAAGUGGGAGGUCAUGUCCUUGCAGGGUUUGAAAGUAUAAUCCCACUGACAGCUGCAGAGAAGGGUGCUUUGUUUCUACUUGUAUGCAGUCGUUUUUGUCAGUCACUUGUCAUAGCUGCAUACUCUUGCCAGCUAUACCCAGAGAACAAAGACUAUCUCAUGAGUACUGCAAAAACUGGGUGGAAGCACUUACAGCAAAUGCUUGACAUGGGCCAGAAAGCCGUAGAGGAAAUCUGGUUUGAAACUGCAAAGUCCUAUGAAUCUGGGAUCUCCAUGUGACUAGAUAAAAGUUCACAUUAACUUGAGUAAUUAAAAACCAAAAGGACCACA